CGUCGACGUGCCUGACGUCACUGCGCUGCAGGCUGCGGCGUGUAGUGUGGAGCCUCGCGCUACGAAACAUCAAUCCGAGGGCGGAUAACUUCUGACUAUAGUUUCGUACAAAUGAAAAUGUGUGUUUCCUGCAGCAGUGACGUGAGACUCGGACAUUCUCUGAAUAAACAAGAGGAGGAGUUUGUAAAGACAAGACUACCAACUGUUCAACAAUGUCUGAAGAAUCAUGGGAUACACUGCAGUCUGGAUAAAGUGCCAAAGAUCGCACUGCUGGCUUCUGGAGGAGGAGAACGAGCCAUGCUGGGUUUACUGGGAUCUCUGGUUGAACUCGACAAAACGGGUCUUCUGGACUGUAUCCUGUAUCUGUGCGGAGUCUCUGGAUCCACCUGGUGUAUGGCGUCUUUAUAUCAGGACUCAGACUGGUCCACCAAACUGGACUCAGUGAAAGAGAAGAUCAUCCACAGACUCAAAGGUCCUGCUGUCGGCUUUGACGUUGUGCUGACGAAACUGAUGAAAUACUACAAAGAGAAAGACAACUUUAACUUAACUGAUGUUUGGGCAGCGCUAGUCGUCAGUUUAUAUGUGAAAGAGAUAGAUGAAGGCACACUUUCACAGCAGCGGGGUCGGAAUGUUAAAGACCCGUUUCCCAUCUACGCAGUGAUUGACAAGCAAUACAAACAGCUUCAGGAUAGAGACCCCUGGGUUGAGAUAACACCUUAUGAAGCCGGUUAUUCUCUCACUGGAGCGUUUGUGGACGUCUCCAGAUUUGGCAGUCAGUUUCACGAAGGCUCGAAGAAAAAGGACCAGCCUGAGAUGGACAUGCUCUACCUGCAGGCUCUGUGUGGCAGUGCUGUGGCGGAGAAUGACAACAUUGUAGCAUUAGUUUGGGAAAAGAUGAAAAAUUUGUUUCAUCAUAUAAGAUGUACAAAAGAUGAGAAAGAGUGUAAAGAUUCCACAUCGCUACCUAUAGCCGCCUGUCUGAUUCUCGAGACUCUUGUGGAAAUGAAUCUCCUGGCGGUAAAAGGCAAAGACCCUUCAGAUCUCCAAAACGACAUCAGAACGAAGCUGAACGAACUUGACGGAGGUGAAAGUCAAAUGGUGGAAAAGUCAGAUGAGACGGAUGCUAAACUGAAUGUCACGCCGUUCACCCUGGAGGUGUUUGAGCGCUUGAGCGUUCACUUCAGUUCCUGGUUACUUGAUGUUUUGAAGCACGUUUGUGAGUGGUUGGCAGAAUGGAUCUGGGGCAGAAAAUACAACUUUCUCCACAACGUGAAAGAUGAACGAGUGCCCUCCUUUCUGGUGGAAAGUGAAAAGAGAGACUUUGUAGACGCUGGUCUGUUGCUCAACGCAGGCUACAUCUCAGUGCUGAGACAAGAGAGAGACGUCGAUCUCAUCAUUUCUCUGGAUUUCAGCGAGGGAGAUCCUUUCCUGGUACAAACACACAUGCACACGGUGAAGACGGCUGCUGAGCUGUGCAAGAAUCUAAACAUCCCUUUUACUGAGGUCGAUGUACCCAGUGAGGACUCGACAACCCCGAAGGACUUUUAUGUGUUUGAAGGGCAUGAAAAAGCACCGAGCGUGAUACACAUCCCUCUCUUCAACACAGUGAACUGUGGAGCAGAUAAAGUUGAGGAGUGGAGAGGCAAAUAUUCCACCUUUCAACUUUCCUACAGCGCUGAGAUGAUUGACGAUCUGCUGGAAGUCGCUGGCAAAAACAUCACAAACAACAAAGAGAAACUGGUGAAAGAGAUUAGGAAGAUCAUCGGGACAUAGGACAUCUCGAUAGCAUUUGCGACCCUGCCUGUGAAAGCCCAGCUAGUCAUUUUUUGGUGAUUUACUGUUCUUUAUAUUAAACCAUCCUACAUAAUGUAAAAAACAUUCUGUAAAAUAUAACCUUGAUAUCUUUAAUAUUGACUGAGUGAGGCAAUGGAUGAAUCAAUAAAUGGUUGAAAUCAAACUUUGAUGCUCAUCAUCUCAGAAUUAGAUUGAGACUUCACUAGAUCUUUCUCCGUCAGGAAAUGAUUCAAUCGGAAAAUAUCAACUUCAUUGUGAGAUAAUACUGUUAAUCAACCACCAGGUAGACAGAGAUGAAGCGAAGAACAGCAGGCAGGAGAUGAAGUGAUGUUGAAUUAAAUGAAAUUGAUUUAUUGAGUAAUCUCAGUUGUGCUUCAAUGCUCAGUCUAACUCCGUCUGACUAGAAACAGAUUCAAUGGGUAUUAUUAACCACACAAAAUGACUGUAUCGAAAUAUUGUCUCGUGACGUUAUUAUUAACCUUGAGAAUGAGACCAUUGGAGACUCGUAUCAGCAUAAAAGACAAUACAGCACCCUACAGAAGAUUAAACAAUAUUAUAAAUAAGGACAAGUGUAACAAAUAAUAAGAAUAAAAGUGAAUAAUAAAAUGAUAAAAUCAAUGAAUGAAUAUAUGAUCAAUUAAAUGUAAUAAAUGCAUAAAAUUUAGUAAGUAAUGUUAGUAAAUAAUGGAAUUAAUAAAAAAUGUAAUAAAUGACAUGAAUGAAAUGGAAUAAUAAAAUAAAAUAAGAAACAAAUGCAUGUUUCUAUUCAGAUCUAUCAUCUUACAGGGUAUUGUUUGUUGGGGUUUACAUUCUAAUCCAACAAUUGUAUAUCUGAAUAGUAUUUAUUUCUGUUAAGUUUCAUCAGUGUACAUUGAAAUACUUGCAAUAAUACCAUCUAUUAUAAUACCAUAUAUUGUCUAAGAUUUUAUUUAUUCAUCUUUUACUAGUACAGUAGUAGUAGUAUUCUUAUUAUGUAAAGCUGCUUUGCAAUAAUGAAAACUGUGAAAAGAGUUCAAUCAAAUUGACUUGACUAGUCCACGCACUUAUAAUUCAACUGCACUGAAGUUAAAAUGGCCAGUUGAAGGUGCAGUGAGGAAUAAGCCCACACACUUGAAUAUCAGAAUUACUCAAUAAAGAAUGGCCAUAGAGGUUUAUACUCCUUUUUUAACCAGUAGUUUAGGCUUUUUAAGAAUAGUUUUCGGUUUACAUGUGUUUUUUUAAUUACAGUAAUGAGUAAAUAUAGAAAAUGCAUUUUAAAUACAUAUAAAGUUUUAUGCUUUGUGUUGGUGGUUGUUCUGAAGAGUAUAGCAUUUGCUUAUGUUGACUAAAGGCUUGUUGAACAUUAUCAUUUCUUUUUUUAUCAAAAGGCAUUUCGUUGGAAAUGCCAGAGGCAAGAAUAGCUUUUCCUUGUAACCCGUAAAAACUC